GCCAUAAAAUCUUCCAAAAAUGUUAUAGACAUUUUUUUCUUGUGUAUGCAUUGUAUCAUUCAGAGUAAAAUAAUAAAUAAGUUACUAUUUCAUGGAAUACUAUAUAUUAGAUAUCUAUAUUCAACUGUAUUAAAUUAUAUAAAACAAUUUAUGUUACAUACUUUGAGCUCUUGACAGUUGACAGUCUCUUAAAUGACAAUAAAUAAAACCAAUGUUCCAUUUGUAUUUUGUACAUACUACAUAUCAAAAUUAAAUUUUGCUACUAGUAAAUAAAUAGUUGAAUUUGUAAACUUGAAUAGUUCAAAAAACAAAUGGCGACUCCGACUCCUGAUACUUCUGAACAAUACGAUCAGUUCGAAGAUGAUGAGUCUGAACAGCAAUUGGGAGCUACAGCAUCUGGGCGUAAACGACUAUUCAGUAAAGAACUUCGGUGUAUGAUGUAUGGCUUUGGAGAUGAUCAAAAUCCAUAUACAGAGAGUGUUGAUUUCCUAGAAGAUCUGGUUAUCGAAUUUAUUACAGAAACUACUCAUAGAGCUAUGGAAGUUGGUAGACCAGGUAGAGUUCAAGUAGAGGAUAUAAUAUUUCUUGUUCGUAAAGAUUUCCGAAAAUAUGCUAGAGUUAAAGACCUUCUUACAAUGAAUGAAGAAUUAAAAAAGGCUCGAAAGGCUUUUGAUGAAGUUAAAUAUGUUGCAUUCUUAUAUUAUAGAAGAUCAACAAUAAUAUUGGCAGUUCAUGUGAUGCCCAUGCUUCUAGAGUGAUGCAAAGUGAUAACUUUAAAUAACAAUUGGACAAAAACUUACAGACAGGAUGCAUAAUGAUUGCUGUCCUGGAAAGAUUCCUAGAUCUGAAGUACCUAACUGCAGAAAAUAAUAAAGUUUCCUGAGAAUAAUGUAACAAAUA